AUGUGUGGCGGUCCUCGGUCAUGUGUGGUGGUCCUGGGUCAUGUGUGGUGGUCCUGGGUCAUGUGUGGCGGUCCUCGGUCAUGUGUGGCGGUCCUGGGUCAUGUGUGGCGGCUGUGGGUCAUGUGUGGCGGUCCUCGGUCAUGUGUGGUGGUCCUGGGUCAUGUGUGGUGGUCCUGGGUCACGUGUGGCGGGCUGUGGGUCAUGUGUGGCGGUCCUGGGUCAUGUGUGGCGGUUGUGGGUCAUGUGUGGUGGUCCUGGGUCAUGUGUGGCGGUCGUGGGUCAUGUGUGGUGGUCCUGGUCAUGUGUGGCAGUCGUGGGUCAUGUGUGGCAGUUGUGGGUCAUGUGUGGUGGUCCUGGUCAUGUGUGGUGGUCCUGGUCAUGUGUGGCGGUCCUGGUCAUGUGUGGCGGUCGUGGGUUGUGGGUCAUGUGUGGCGGUCGUGGGUCAUGUGUGGCGGUCGUGGGUCACGUGUGGAGGUCCUGGGUCAUGUGUGGAGGUCCUGGAUCACGUGUGGCGGUCCUAGGUCAUGUGUGGCGGUCCUGGGUCAUGUGUGGCGGUUGUGGGUCAUGUGUGGUGGUCCUGGGUCAUGUGUGGCGGUUGUGGGUCAUGUGUGGCGGUCGUGGGUCAUGUGUGGCGGUCCUCGGUCAUGUGUGGUGGUCCUGGGUCAUGUGUGGUGGUCCUGGGUCAUGUGUGGCGGUCCUCGGUCAUGUGUGGCGGUCCUGGGUCAUGUGUGGCGGCUGUGGGUCAUGUGUGGCGGUCCUCGGUCAUGUGUGGUGGUCCUGGGUCAUGUGUGGUGGUCCUGGGUCACGUGUGGCGGCUGUGGGUCAUGUGUGGCGGUCCUGGGUCAUGUGUGGCGGUUGUGGGUCAUGUGUGGUGGUCCUGGGUCAUGUGUGGCGGUCGUGGGUCAUGUGUGGUGGUCCUGGUCAUGUGUGGCAGUCGUGGGUCAUGUGUGGCAGUUGUGGGUCAUGUGUGGUGGUCCUGGUCAUGUGUGGUGGUCCUGGUCAUGUGUGGCGGUCCUGGUCAUGUGUGGCGGUCGUGGGUUGUGGGUCAUGUGUGGCGGUCGUGGGUCAUGUGUGGCGGUCGUGGGUCACGUGUGGAGGUCCUGGGUCAUGUGUGGAGGUCCUGGAUCACGUGUGGCGGUCCUAGGUCAUGUGUGGCGGUCCUGGGUCAUGUGUGGCGGUUGUGGGUCAUGUGUGGUGGUCCUGGGUCAUGUGUGGCGGUUGUGGGUCAUGUGUGGCGGUCGUGGGUCAUGUGUGGCGGUCCUGGGUCAUGUGUGGCGGUUGUGGGUCAUGUGUGGUGGUCCUGGGUCAUGUGUGGCGGUUGUGGGUCAUGUGUGGCGGUCGUGGGUCAUGUGUGGCGGUCCUGGGUCAUGUGUGGCGGUCGUGGGUCAUGUGUGGUGGUCCUGGUCAUGUGUGGCAGUCGUGGGUCAUGUGUGGUGGUCCUGGUCAUGUGUGGCAGUCGUGGGUCAUGUGUGGUGGUCCUGGGUCAUGUGUGGCGGUUGUGGGUCAUGUGUGGCGGUCGUGGGUCAUGUGUGGCGGUCCUGGGUCAUGUGUGGCGGUUGUGGGUCAUGUGUGGUGGUCCUGGGUCAUGUGUGGCGGUUGUGGGUCAUGUGUGGUGGUCCUGGUCAUGUGUGGUGGUCCUGGUCAUGUGUGGCGGUCCUGGUCAUGUGUGGCGGUCGUGGGUUGUGGGUCAUGUGUGGCGGUCGUGGGUCAUGUGUGGCGGUCGUGGGUCACGUGUGGAGGUCCUGGGUCAUGUGUGGAGGUCCUGGAUCACGUGUGGCGGUCCUAGGUCAUGUGUGGCGGUCCUGGGUCAUGUGUGGCGGUUGUGGGUCAUGUGUGGUGGUCCUGGGUCAUGUGUGGCGGUUGUGGGUCAUGUGUGGCGGUCGUGGGUCAUGUGUGGCGGUCCUCGGUCAUGUGUGGUGGUCCUGGGUCAUGUGUGGUGGUCCUGGGUCAUGUGUGGCGGUCCUCGGUCAUGUGUGGCGGUCCUGGGUCAUGUGUGGCGGCUGUGGGUCAUGUGUGGCGGUCCUCGGUCAUGUGUGGUGGUCCUGGGUCAUGUGUGGUGGUCCUGGGUCACGUGUGGCGGCUGUGGGUCAUGUGUGGCGGUCCUGGGUCAUGUGUGGCGGUUGUGGGUCAUGUGUGGUGGUCCUGGGUCAUGUGUGGCGGUCGUGGGUCAUGUGUGGUGGUCCUGGUCAUGUGUGGCAGUCGUGGGUCAUGUGUGGCAGUUGUGGGUCAUGUGUGGUGGUCCUGGUCAUGUGUGGUGGUCCUGGUCAUGUGUGGCGGUCCUGGUCAUGUGUGGCGGUCGUGGGUUGUGGGUCAUGUGUGGCGGUCGUGGGUCAUGUGUGGCGGUCGUGGGUCACGUGUGGAGGUCCUGGGUCAUGUGUGGAGGUCCUGGAUCACGUGUGGCGGUCCUAG